AUGUCUGCCCAGCAAACCGAAAUUACUUCCGAGCACACCCCGACAUGCGGCAGAGUCAUAUCUCACGACAAAAUCUCCUCCAUUUCCAUAGUACGUCACCUUUGCGGCCUGUACAAGGCCCAGGGAAGAUAUGAUGAGGCUGAAGAAGUUCUCGGUGGGACAAUGGACGAUUUCAUACCCGCGCUACGACAGGAUAGCGAGUCAGCCAUAACUAUAGUGCGCGACCUGGUGGAUCUCUUUCGCGAUCAGGGCAAAUUCAACAGAGCGAAAGAGAUCUACCAGCAGGCAGUCAGCGGCUUGGAGAAGACGUUUGGGCGCCAACAUUUCACGACCCUAUCCAUGGUUUUCGAGUUUGGGUCUUUUCUCCGAAAAAACAGCCAACUGCAAGAGGCAGAAGAAGUCUACGUACAGUCCCUAACGGGUAUCGCCGCCGGCACCAAGAACCCAACUCUUUCUGUGCUGUGCAUCCUCAAUGAGCUUGGGGUUGUCUACGCUAAACAGCGCAAGCUCAACCAGGCUGUUGAAAUAUAUAGACACGCCGUUCAGGGUUACGUCAAGGUCGUUGGAAGUGACCAUUUAUCGACUACAACCGCAGUGCUCAAUCUUGGGGCUGUUUACAAGGACCAAGGAAAGCUGAAGGAUGCAGCCAGGAUGCUGAACUGGGGCCUUUCGGGCCUCGAGAAAGCGCAUGGCAUUGCUAAUAAAAGGACUAUAGAGACAGCAAAACAGCUCACCGCACUUUACAUGAGAGAACGCAACUUAGGAGAGGCUCAAAGAGUAUGCGCGAAGGCUUUAAACGGCUCUGAGACGACUCUUGGUAAAUGUCAUGAAGGAACCCUUGCUGCGGUUCUGGACAUGGGAAUCAUACAUAGAGACCAGGGCCAAUUCAAAGAGUCCGAACAGAUGCUUCAACGGGCCUUUGACGGGUACCAACAGACUAACCAUAAUCUGCUUCCCCUGGUUCUGAACGCCCUAGGCACUGUCCACGCCCUUCAAGGCGAUUAUGACAAAGCUGACGAGGAGUACGAUUGGGCAACUGAGUGUCUAAACAAGAAGGAGGAGCGGGAUGAGCUCCUAAAUCUUAUCGUGACGUACAAUAAGGGAAAUGUACUUCAAGCUCACGGAAGGCUAGAAGAAGCGGAGAAACACUGCGAAAAAGCACUUGAGGGUUUCCAAAACUUGGCUGGCCACAGGCACUUGACAACAAUGGCAGCAGUACUAAAACUUGGGGCAAUUUAUCAGGAGCAAGGCAAAUUUAAAGAGGUUGAAGACUUGUACCGAACAGCGCUCAGGAGUCAAGAGGAGGUCUCCAAAAAGCUUUCGAAGGAUGAUGACAAUGACGCUGCCCUUUACUUUCAACGAAUGUCUAUAGUGUAUUGA